AAAUUCAAAAAGCAAACAAGUCCGAUCUUGUUUGCGUUAAAUAAUGAAGGAAUAUCGUUCUUACUAAAGUGAAAAAAUCAAUAGGAGAUUACAUUAAAUAGCGAAAAUUGCUGAGUUCGAAAACAUUGAGUAAAGUUCCCAAAUAUGUGCAGUAACGUGUAAAAUAAGAUGCGCCGCAGUCGAGCGCCAAGCCAAAUAGGCUCUGGAGAGAGUGUUUUCAAGAGUCCAUUACUAGACUCCGCCAAGCGAAAGAAACGAGAAUGCACAAGGAUACCGCUAGCACAGAAAACUCCUUCUCAAACUCUGCCUUCUUCAGAUCACGAAAACAUUAUCCGUCAAAUACUUAGUAAGCCCUUUAAAGUUCCUAUAUCAAACUAUGUGUCCUCGUAUUGCAGCAAAAGCUUAGGAUUAAAACGAACGCUAAUUAGAAGGGCCCUCCACGACCCAGACGAACCCAAUUCACUGGUCCUCGAACGCCCUCCGAUCAUUCCGGAACACGAAAGAAUGAAAAUGAAUCCUAAUGACAUAAAAGUUGCUGUUGUAGUUGAUCCAGUACUUGGAAACAUACUGAGGCCGCACCAGAGAGAAGGAGUAAAGUUCAUGUAUGACUGCGUUACUGGGAAACAAAUAGAAAAUGCAUAUGGAUGUAUAAUGGCUGAUGAAAUGGGCUUAGGUAAAACCUUACAGUGCAUAACUUUACUGUGGACCUUACUACGUCAAGGGCCAGACUGUAAACCAACAAUAUGUAAAGCCAUAAUAGUAUGUCCUAGUAGUUUAGUAAAAAAUUGGUACAACGAAAUACAUAAGUGGCUGUCGCAAAGGAUAAAUGCUUUAGCUAUGGAUGGGGGUUCGAAAGCUGAAGUAACUUUGAAACUACAGCAAUUUAUGAACACAUAUUCUGCGACUCGAGUUGCCACACCAGUCUUAAUCAUAUCAUAUGAAACUUUCAGGAUAUACUCAAAUAUAUUGCACUCUUCUGAAGUAGGUUUAGUCCUGUGUGAUGAAGGGCAUAGGUUAAAGAACAGCGAAAAUCAGACAUACCAAGCAUUAAUGGGUUUGAAGGCUAAAAGGAGAAUAUUAAUCUCAGGUACACCAAUCCAGAAUGAUUUAACUGAAUAUUUUAGUUUAGUACAUUUUGUUAAUGAAGGAAUAUUAGGAACUGCGCAUGAGUUCAAAAAGAGAUAUGAAAAUCCUAUUUUGAAAGGACAAGAUGCAAUGGCAAGUCAACCUGAGAGAGAAAAAGCCCAGGAGUGCCUGCAAACAUUAACUUCAAUUGUGAACAAGUGCAUGAUCCGAAGAACUAGUGGUCUAUUAACUAAAUAUUUGCCAGUUAAAUUUGAGCAAGUUAUUUGUGUAAAAAUGACUCCACUACAGACUCAAAUUUACAAGAAUUUCAUAAACUCUGAUGCAAUUCGUAACAAGUUUACAGGCACUGGAGAAAAAAGCAAUACACUAAGUGCUUUGUCCAGCAUUACAUCUUUGAAGAAGCUCUGUAACCACCCAGACUUAAUCUAUGAAAAGAUUAUAGAAAGAUCAGAAGGUUUUGAAAAAGCAAAAGACUAUCUCCCAAGUAACUAUGAUAUAAAAGAUGUAAGACCAGAAUAUUCAGGCAAGUUAAUGAUCUUAGACUGCAUACUGGCAAAUCUUAAAAUGAAUACAGAUGAUAAAAUUGUGCUCGUAUCAAAUUAUACUCAGACAUUAGAUUUAUUUGAGAAAUUAUGUCGAAAACGUACAUAUCAAUAUGUAAGAUUGGAUGGUUCAAUGACAAUAAAAAAGAGAGCCAAGGUGGUGGAAAACUUUAACAAUAAAGACUCCAAAGAGUGGAUUUUCAUGCUAAGUUCGAAAGCUGGUGGUUGUGGCUUGAAUCUCAUUGGAGCCAACAGGCUAAUCAUGUUUGACCCUGAUUGGAAUCCUGCAAAUGAUGAGCAGGCGAUGGCACGGGUAUGGCGCGAUGGGCAAAAAAAACCAUGCUAUAUUUACAGACUUUUGGCUACUGGAACCAUUGAAGAAAAAAUAUUCCAAAGGCAAGCACACAAAAAAGCACUCAGCGAGACAGUGGUUGACCAAAACGAGGAGUCUCUAAGACAUUUCACAGCAGAUGAUUUGAAAGAUCUAUUCCGUUUGGAGGAGAACACACUAUCGGACACUCAUAGUAAGUUUAAAUGUAAAAGGUGUGUAAACAAUAUUCAAGUUACACUACCACCUGAGAACUCUGAUUGCACGUCUGAUAUUUCCAAUUGGUACCACUGUGCAGACAAGAAAAACAUAGCCGACAUGGUCUUGAAGCAAUGCUGGGACGUUGCAAAAAGUAUUUCCUUUGUUUUCCAUCAUCGGUCCGCAAAAACAGAGGCUAAGGAGAUAACUAUAGAGGAUAAAGAAAAUAUACAAGUAAGUAAAAAAAGAAGAAUCAUGGAUGAUGAAGAUUACUCUGAACCAGAUGACAGUGCUGAUGAAGAUUAUUCAUGAUUUUUUGUGGGUAAUCAUUGAAAAAAUUAAGCCAUUUAGUUUGUUGAUUGUAAAUAUCUGUUUUAUUUGUAAGUUAAUUGUGGAGAAAAUAUAUUUAUUUGAAAUUUUGAA